AUGUCGGGGUUGGAGCUGGCCCCGGCGAUUUUCCCCCUGGCUAUUCAGGGCUUCCAGGGCAUUUCCACUCUUUUCAAACGAUAUCGCCGGCUCUUGCCCCAACUGGAUGACGCCCAGCAGUGCUUGAAAAUGCAGCGCGCCAUCUUCGAAGGAGAAGUCGAGAUCCUGCUGUCCCACGUCGCGGACUCCUCUUACCUUGCGCAAGAGAUGCUGGGCGAUCCAUCACAUUCCUUGUGGAAUGAUGAUGCGAUGGACAAGCGCCUUCACGAAUUUUUAUGGGGAUCCACAGCGCUCUGCAUCGAGACAAUAGAGGAUAUACAAAGCAAGCUCCAGAGAAUUGAGGAGGCAUCCAAACGCUUCGACGUGGCAACUGAAGACAAGUGUUUUCCUCGACAGGAACUGGUCGAGCAAUUGAAGUCGCGCAUCCAGGACCUGCAAGCUCUCACUUCACAGGCAGAAAGAAGGUCCCGGCGGCAGGAGGUCUCACACCAGGCAGUUGCCAGAAGAGGAAAGCCGGAAUUUGGGAAAUUCCGCACCAUCCAACGAGCGGCCUGUGAUCUCCAUAAGGCCCUGGUGGCAGCGUGUAGCAAGCACAUUGUCCACAAUGUUCAGCUCUGCCUCCUGCCUAGAGUCACACGUGAAUUCACCCAGGUCCGGUUCACCGUGUCCUUUGGCGGCUCUCAGACGCAAGAAGCUCUCACAACAUCUCGUUCCCUAUGGCUGGCUAUUGAGUCUGUAAUCAAGGAUACUGUGACGCCCAUCGGAGAACACCCUGACGAUGUUCCAACAGGCAUUACCAUAUCUCUCAAACGACAGCAUUCUCCUGAUCAGCUAGAGAUUGCAAGAAAGCCAAGGAAACGUGUGCAAUUCGCACCACCCCCUUCACCGACCUGUCAACGCCUUACGUUGUGCGAGAGCAAUCGGUCGUCUCCAGACCUCGAGCUUCGGGGAAACCUCUGUAGCGUGCUGCAGCGGUACUUACGCCAGCAGAGACUGGCAUACAAUCCAUGUCUAGGAUUUCUGGAGGUCACGGCCGAUUUCAAACAUUUAAUAUAUAUUGAUUCUCCGAGCAGCGACGCCAACGCGUCGAUGUCUCUUGCGAGCUUGUUAGCCUCCUGGCACAAACGGAAUGUCAUUACCGGACUAUCUCAAUACGAAAGGGUCCAACUGGCCAAAUGUCUUGCCACUGCCGUUCUCUACUAUCGGGCUUCACCAUGGCUCAAGCAGUCCUGGCGCAGUGAAGACAUUUACUUUUGCCGUCUCGACAAGCAUGCAUCGCCGACAUUGUUAGCAAGCAUGUCACGUAUCUACAAGACACCUCUAUAUGUGAAUUCCUCCAUUAGAGGGCCAGAAUCGGAAGAGGAGGAGCGAUGCCAGACGUUGGAUUCUUCUUCUUCUCCAUCCGCCUCAUUUCAUCUCACACGAAACCCUAUCCUUUUCGGGCUCGGCACGAUGCUCCUGGAGUUGGCCUUUGAGGCCCCCUUCAAGAGUCUGCAGCGCCCGAUCGAUAUUCGCCAGGGAGGAAGAGAGGAGUUUGCGGAAUAUUUCACCGCGACAAGACUGAGCAAGUUGGUUAGCACCAAGAUGUGCAAGUCAUACAAAGACAUCGUCGAGCGAUGCUUGCAUUGUGAUUUUGGCUGUGGAGAUGACCUUAGUGACCCCACCCUUCAGGAGCGGUUUUAUAGUCAAGUGGUCUGCGAACUUGACCAGCUGGAGAAGAAGAGAGAGGAGGGAGUGAGGGAGAGGGAGAUAGCGUACUCAAAAAAAAAACCCCCUUCUUCUCGUUUGUCCCGUCUUGGAAAUGCACAAUCACUUCCAUACAGGAUCCCCGGGAUUUUAAACUACCCUCGAUCAAGGGUCGAUAGACCAUAUGAAAAAAAAAUCAGACGUCUUAAAAAAGUCAGACGUCUUAAAAUAUUACCUAUUUCUCAUUUUAUGACCACUAAUUAUGUAGUCUACAACCACAAUUUAUCAUCUAAGUACAGUACAGUACAUGAUGGACAAUCCGUCCACGUGAUAAACCAUUGGACUCCCCAUGUGACCUGCAAAAGGGAUGUCCAUCUACCUGGACCCCGAAGAUACAGACAACAUCGUACCAUGACAUGGACUGAAAAUAAAAAGCUAUAA